AGAGCAGCGCAACGGUGCUGGCCCCCGCAGAAAGGCGUCGCAUUGGCGGGGCAAUCGUGCACAUUCACUGUGUGUUGGAAAGCUUGAGCUGCACACAGAGGCUUGCAGUUGCUCCGCGAGGAUGGCCUGGGGGGCGCGCGCGAGUUCUUACCCAGCCUGGUCUCCGCCCACCUGCGUGUAGCCAAUCAGCUCCCGCCUGCGUCUUCCUCUUGUGAUUCCGGUGUCAUGGCGGCUCGCUAGAGAGCAGACAAGGGGAAUAAGUGUGGAGUGGCUGUCACGACUAUGCUGUUGUAAGCGCAGCAAUCGGGAUGUUGGAUAUUAUCCUCAAGGGCUGGUCUGUGUAUCGGACUAAGGCGUUUCCGGUUCUUUGGUCAUACAGGCGGUAUUGUAAGCCAGUACAGCCUGGGUUAUUGGAACGCCUGCGGCAUUUUGAGGCCCUUCGGGAGAGCCAGGAGGACAGGGCGGUGGGGGAAAAGGGAGAGGGUCUCUGUGUCCAGCUGCAGGAUGGCAGCGUUGUGAAGGGGACAGCCGGAGUCACGACGCCCCUGCUGGUCGCAGAGAGAGCGCGGGUAAAGGGUGCCGUGGUUGGCAGGGUGAAUGGAAAACUCUGGGAACUGCAUCGCCCCCUGGAGGGAGACUGCGAGCUGCAUUUGCUGGGCUAUGACAGUGCUGAAGGCCAGCAGGUGCUGUGGCGUUCUGGAGCAUGUGUCCUGGCAGCGGUGCUGGAGCAGCUGUUUGGGGCGGAAGUAUGUUGGCAGGGCACGUCUGAGAGCAGCUUCUACUGUGAUUACCAGCUAGCAGAUGGCGUCCUUCCUCUGGAUGAAGUGGCAGAGAAGUGCAGCCGAAUGGCCGCCCUCAGACUCCCCUUCACCGGAUUGCAGCUCAGCACCCAUCAGCUGAAGGAGCUUUUCAAGGACAGCUCACCGAGGCUGCAACUGAUUGAAGAGCGGCUGACCAGUCCAACUGUAACCGUCUACAGGUGUGGCGACGCUGUGGGGCUUUGCACUGGGCCUCUCCUCCCUCACACCGGCUACCUUAAGCUCUUCAAGCUGCUGCAGGUGUCGGCGCUGGCUACGGAGAGCCCUCUCCCUGGUGGCAUGUCGAGGGUGCUGGGGGUGUCCUUCCCGGGUCACAGAGAAAAGGAGGAGUGGGAAAGAGAGCUGGAGGAAGCUCGCCGCCGGGACCACAGGCGCAUCGGCAGGGACCAGGAGCUGUUCUUCUUCAACGACGUCAGUCCCGGUAGCUGCUUCUUCUUCCCGAAGGGGGCUCACAUCUACAACACGCUCACAGACUUCAUUAAGAGUGAGUACCGGAGGCGUGGCUUCAGUGAGGUCAUGACCCCUACCCUGUACAACACGACAUUAUGGGAGCGCUCUGGCCACUGGGAGCACUACAGCGAGAACAUGUUCUUGGUGCAGUGCCCCCCGCACACCUACGCCCUCAAGCCGAUGAACUGCCCCGCCCACUGUGUCAUGUUUGAGCAGCGGGUUCGGUCCUGGCGGGAGCUGCCCUUACGCUGGGCAGACUUCGGUGCACUGCAUCGCAAUGAACACUCGGGGGCGCUCACAGGCCUGACCAGAGUCCGCCGCUUCUGCCAGGACGACGCCCACAUCUUCUGCACCCCCGAGCAGCUGGAGGGCGAGAUCACUUCCUGUCUGGAGUUUGUGCGCAGCGUCUACACCGUGUUCGGCUUCUCCUUCCGCUGCCUGCUGUCCACACGCCCUCCGUCCUUCCUGGGGGACGCCUCACUGUGGGACAGCGCCGAGCAGCAACUGGAGAAAAGCCUGCAGCAGUUCGGGGAGCCAUGGGACGUGAACCUUGGGGAUGGGGCCUUCUAUGGGCCCAAGGUCGACAUCCAGAUCCGUGAUGCCACUGGGCGACAGCACCAGUGCGCCACCAUCCAGUUGGACUUCCAGUUGCCGAUCAGGUUCCAGUUGAAGUACAUGAGUGCAGACGGAGAGGUGUGCCGGCCAGUGAUGAUCCACAGAGCUGUACUGGGCUCCCUGGAGCGCAUGGUCGCCAUCCUGGCCGAGCACUUCGGGGGGCGAUGGCCCCUGUGGCUCUCCCCAGCACAGGUCAUGGUGUUACCGGUGGGGAGUCACGUGGAGGAGUACGCACAGCAGGUGGUAAGGAGGUUCCGUGAGUCUGGCUUCAACACUGACAUGGAUGGUGACCACGGGGCCACCUUAAAUAAGAAGAUCCGCUCUGCUCAGCUCGCUCAGUACAACUACAUACUAGUGGUGGGGGAGAAGGAGGCCACCAGUGGUACAGUGAGCGUGCGAACCCGCGGGGGCCUGCAGCUAGGCCAGCGGGCCAUGAACGAGGUGCUGGGGGCCCUGGCAGAGAUCAGAGAGUCCAGGAGCAACCUAGAUGCUUUCUGAAGAAAGAGCAGCGGCACGACACCGCCAGCAGGACAAGGAUUCCACCCCCCUCCAUUCUACUGUAUUGAUUUUUAUAAUAAAGUGUUUAAACCA